UCGAGACAAAAUGGCGGAUGUUGUUGAUUUGCGGCAGGGUCAGUGAUAAUCGGAGUUCGCCUUUUCACUGAUUUACUGCAAGACAUUAUACAGAAAGAACAUAAGAAGAUCCAUAAUCGUUGUAUGGUGAGCUGCAAUGAAAGGCAAAGAAAGGUCACCGAUUAAAAAGCGUUCUCGGGUUUUGGAUGAUAUCCGAGACAGGGGAGGAGGCCACCCGCCCAGCAAGAAAACGAGGGCUAUCUCGGUUUCCAGUGGGAGUAAUAAUGGAAAUAGCUCGACUAAAAGUGACGGGGGAUCUACGAGAAGGAGUGUGUUGAGUGACAAGAGAGGCCGGGAUUUUGAUGGACAUGUAUCGAGUCGAACCGGUGGGAGUAACCAUAGCUAUCCCGUUGCUGCUACUACCUCUAUCAGUAAGAACCACAACCUGGGUUUGACACUCGAUUUAGCCGCGGCAAGGACUAAUGCUCGCGGCGAGCGUGUUCCGCCUCCACCCAACAACGAGAGUGAGUACAAAACUCUCAAAAUCAGUGAACUGGGCACCCAGUUGAGCGAUGAAGACAUAGAAGACGGACUUUUCCACGAAUUCAAAAAAUUCGGGGACGUGAGUGUCAAAAUAAGCCGCAGCAACGACGAGAGAAUUGCGUUUGUCAACUUCAGAAAGCCCGAGGAUGCCAGAGCAGCUAAACAUGCACGGGGCAGGUUAGUACUUUAUGACCGACCUCUGAAAAUCGAUGCAGUGUACAUUGACCGGAGGAGAAGCCGUUCUCCAGUUGAGCGAGUUGACAGGGACCCAUAUGUUGGAGCCCCAGGCCACAGACACUUGCACACCCAGAGACCCCUCUCCCCAUCUGUGCUUGGAUACAGAGACUACAGACUACAGCAGCUGGCCCUUGGGCGCCUCCCUCCUCCCCCACCUCCUCCUUUGCCCAGAGACCUAGAGCGGGAGAGGGAGUUUGCCCUGUUUGAAGCCAGGGUGCGCCCAGUUCCAGCUUUCAUUGCAGAGAGAGCUGCUUUCCGUGAUGAGGAUUUUAUCUCCCCAGAGGAUGACCAAAGAGCUAACAGAACGCUGUUUCUGGGCAACUUGGACAUCACUGUCACAGAGACAGACCUGAGGCGGGCCUUCGACAGGUUUGGGUUGAUAACAGAGGUGGAUAUAAAGCCCACACGGGGACAGACCAGCACAUACGGGUUCCUCAAGUUUGAGAAUCUCGACAUGGCCCACCGCGCCAAACUCACCAUGUCUGGGAAGAUAGUGGGCCGUAACCCCAUAAAGAUUGGCUAUGGUAAGGCCACCCCCACCACACGCUUAUGGGUGGGUGGGCUCGGACCCUGGGUCCCCCUAGCAGCAUUGGCCAGAGAGUUUGACCGCUUUGGUACAAUAAGGACCAUUGACUACAGAAAGGGGGACACCUGGGCUUAUAUACAGUACGAGAGCCUUGAUGCUGCUCAGGCUGCGUGCACUCACAUGCGUGGCUUCCCUCUGGGGGGGCCCGAGAGGAGGCUCAGGGUGGACUUUGCAGACACAGAGCACCACUACCAGCAGCAGUUCCUUCAGCCUCUUCCUCUACCCCCCUUCGACAUGGUGGCAGACGCUUUCAUCCACCGCGCCAUAGCUGAGCCCCUGAGGGACAGGGAAAGGACUCCACCGCUGCUCCACUUCAGAGACAGAGAGCUGGGCUUCCCCGGGGCCGAGUGGCCCCCCAUCCCGGCUAUGCGUGAGCGGGUACGUCCCGGGGCCUAUGAGCCGCUGGAGCGGGACCGGCGGCCGGGAGGGAGGGAGCCCUGGUCUCUGGAGCGAGAGCUGGCGGGGCGCGGCUGCGACCCAAGACGGAAACGACACCUUAUGGAUGACAGUCGCCAUCUUGAAGUCUCUCCUGACAGCACUGACCGCACGGCACGCCGACACCGAGGGGGCCCAUCCCCAGAUGGUAGCCCCAACGGGGGCCGCUUCAGUGACUCAGAGCGUACCCCUCGUGGCGAUGACAGACCCUCCCCUGGACGAGACCGUCGCCUCAGUCUGGAGCAUCCUGGCGGGGGGGACAGGAGACUAAAGAGCCAGGGGAGUCUUGCCGAAAGAGGGGCCUCCAGCAGUGGCCUCUCAUCCUCAGCAGGGGAGCGGAAACGUAAAGCCGGCGACAGCAGCAGCAAAGGACCUGGAGCUAAGAGGGAUCGCUCCUCAGACCAGGGUGGCUCUAAAGGUAGUCAGUCAUCCAAGCUUAGCCUGGCCUGGCACGGCAUGCUCCUCCUGAAGAACAGCAACUUCCCCGCCAACAUGCACCUCCUGGAGGGUCACCAGGGCGUGGCCAAGGACCUCCUUGUCGACGGCCCCACGGGGAGACAGGUGGGGGAGCUCAAGAUCACCCAGCGUCUCCGCCUCGACCAGCCCAAGCUGGACGAGGUCUCCAGACGCAUCAAAGCGGCCGGCCCCGGCGGCUAUGCCGUCCUCCUGGCGGUUCCCGGUUCCGGCGGCGAGGAGGUGUCGUCGACGGACCCGGCGGCUUCAACACAGCGUCCUCUCCGAAAUCUGGUGUCCUACCUGAAACAGAAGCAGGCAGCCGGAGUCAUCAGCCUGCCGGUUGGAGGCAGCCGGGAUAAAGACCACCAGGGUGUUCUCCACGCGUUCCCUCCCUGUGAGUUCUCACAGCAGUUCAUUGAUGCCUCGGCUAAAGCUCUGGCCAAAACCGACGAGGACUAUCUGGUGAUGGUCGUGGUGCGAGGGCCAUCAUAACUACAAUCAGAUAGAGGAAGCAAAACAUCAAUGAUAUUGUAAAAAAAGAAAGAAAACUACUAUUGCAUGCUGUGUGUUGAGUUCUGCCUCAUGGGGUUGCUACUAGAGAGUAGGGUUAUGGGGGGGAGGGGAUAGGCUAUGUCACUAUUUUUUCCACCAAAAUAAGUAUAAAAUUUCCCCCUGAAAGUCAACAGAUGUGUAAUUUUGGAACCCUGUUUUAUAAAGGGUGUGAUCAUUUCUAGCCAACAUAUGCAGAAACAAUUCAGCUGGAGUAUUAUAAAAGGGGGACAUUCUAUGAAUAAAAUGAAAAAUCUACUGUAAAUUUAAAAUGAGGUAUAAUGGCCCCUUUUUCGUUUUCAUUUAGGAAAACUUGAACCAACCACUGUUUGUAAAAGUUGAAACUUCUCUCUAAGAUUUGCUCUGUUAGUGUUUGGUUGUAUUAUGUAUACGUUAUACUACUUAAUGCUUAUUACAAUCAGUUGGUGUCAUUUAAAGUUAAUUAUAUAUUUUUAGCAAAAUAUUCACCUCAAAACCCUUUGUUCACUAACCAUUUCUUUAUUCUAAAUGUCACAUUUUGAGAAAGAUACCAUCAGGCCCUGUUUGACUGGUAUGGUGAGCGUAUAAAUCAUUCCGUUUGUAUUUCUCAUAAAUGAUUGGGGACAUUAAUGUUGGGAUAUGUCCUUACCGCCUUCCAUAUUGAUCAAAUGGACUUACUGUCUUUCUCUAAUACAUGAACAUGUUCCAAACCUAGAAAUCUGAAUGUACCUAUGCACGGUAGGCUAUCUGGUGUUUGGUUACACCUGGUGUUUUACCCUGUGUAAUUGGUUCGGUUACACCUGGUGUCUUACCAUGUGUAACUGGUUCCGUUACACCUGGUGUCUUACCAUGUAUAACUGGUUCGGUUACACCUGGUGUUUUACCAUGUAUAACUGGUUCGGUUACAUCUGGUGUUUUACCAUGUGUAACUGGUUCGGUUACACCUGGUGUUUUACCAUGUAUAACUAGUUUGGUUACACCUGGUGUUUUACCAUGUGUAAUUGGUUCGGUUACACCUGGUGUUUUACCCUGUGUAAUUGGUUCGGUUACACCUGGUGUCUUACCAUGUGUAACUAGUUUGGUUACACCUGGUGUUUUACCAUGUGUAACUAGUUCGGUUACACCUGGUGUUUUACCAUGUCUAACUAGUUCGGUUACACCUGGUGUUUUACCAUGUAUAACUAGUUCGGUUACACCUGGUGUCUUACCAUGUAUAACUGGUUCGGUUACACCUGGUGUUUUACCAUGUGUAACUAGUUCGGUUACACCUGGUGUUUUACCAUAUCUAACUAGUUCGGUUACACCUGGUGUUUUACCAUGUAUAACUAGUUCGGUUACACCUGGUGUCUUACCAUGUGUAAUUGGUUCGGUUACACCUGGUGUCUUACCAUGUGUAACUGGUUCGGUUACACCUGGUGUCUUACCAUGUAUAACUAGUUCGGUUACACCUGGUGUCUUACCAUGUAUAACUAGUUCGGUUACACCUGGUAUUUUACCAUGUGUAACUGGUUCGGUUACACCUGGUGUCUUACCCUGUGUAAUUGGUUCGGUCACACCUGGUGUCUUACCAUGUAUAACUAGUUCGGUUACACCUGGUGUUUUACCCUGUGUAAUUGGUUCGGUUACACCUGGUGUCUUACCAUGUAUAACUAGUUCGGUUACACCUGGUAUUUUACCAUGUGUAACUGGUUCGGUUACACCUGGUGUCUUACCAUGUAUAACUAGUUCGGUUACACCUGGUGUUUUACCAUGUGUAAUUGGUUCGGUUACACCUGAAAAUCCUGUGUGUUCAAGGAAUGGUUAAUGGAACACUACAAAGUUGGUUGUGACAAAAUAUGUAAAGGAGGUUGAAACACCCAUAGAUGGGUUUUAGUUGCUGAGUGUAAAUUCCUAACUUGGCUGUGGUGUAGCUUAAAUACUGUGUGUUCAAUCGGUUUCCAAAUGUGUUUGAAUGUUUUAAGCGAGUCCAGUAAUAUUUGGGCAUAUUGAGAGGCUGAAUGAGGAAUUUAGAAGUGAUUUUUGCCCAGCUAAUAUAGAUGGGUCCAUCAAUGCAAUGAUGCGACAAACAAAUAGCCUACUAAGAGAGAUGCUAAGGGUAGAUUUUAUUGUGUACAUUGUCUUUAGCACCACUUGACCCUUGGUAGUAUGUUGUGACCUAUAACCUUUGACCUAUAAUGCGUGAUAAGAUUACACUAGAGACAAAAACAGACUUUUAUUUGUUGGUCCGGUUUCAUUCAAUCAAUAUGCCAAUGUUUGUCGCCAAGUUUUUCUGAAUAUGACAAUAUUUUAAUGGUAAUUGCUAACAAAUGAUAUACAGUAAUCCUAAUAAUCAAUAAGUAAAAAGGUAUUCAAUAUAUAGACUGAUCAUUUAUUUUGGGGGGGGGGGGGGGGGUUGUAAGUUUUUUUAAGUUGUGCUAUUGUGCUAGUUGUGCUAUUUUUUUUUUUUACCACAGUUUUCCCCUUUGUCAGCCAACAGUUAGAUUUUUGAGACCUAUAUUUAUAGCCUACUGUUGGUACCAUUAUAUGACUGUUUCUUUAACAAAAAAAACUGAGUUGUGGUUUUAAGAUGAGGUCGGUUUAGUUUUAUCUGUUGACAAAAUUGUCUGAGAAAAAAAAUAUGUAUUUGUCUCCCAAGUUCACUGCCUCAAUUGUGGACUUUUAAUGGCUUAAAACCUUUACAGGAAACUCUGAAGAGAAGGAAACGACUUAGUAUUUGUUACGUUUUCACUGAGAAAGGCAGCUUUUAAGUUGUGUGUCAUUUUGUGUUGUGUUUUAAGUGGAAUAAUAGGACCCUCUCGCUUUGUGCUUCUGUACCUGAUUUCAUUGGGAAGACAAGAAAUGGAAAAUCCUCUUCCCACACUUGUCUUACUGCCAAGUUGUUUAACACUCAAGAGAGAAAGUGCAUUUACGCACUUAUUUGUCCUCCAAAUAUCAAUAAAUUGUUUCAUUUGAGGGAAA